AUGAACUUUGUGUCGGGGGCGUGCCUGGCUUGGGACAUACGCCAACGACGCGGGGGCCGGAGGGAGACAUCUUGGGCAGGCUUCCGAACCAUGUGGACGCCAGACCUGCUGCUGGCAGCGGCUCGCGGCCCCGGGUCUCCCUCGCGGACCUCCGACGGGAAGACUCCGGUGGCCGUCCUGACCGCUCCGGUGGCCGUCCUGACCGCUCCGGUGGCCGUCCUGACCGCUCCGGUGGCCGUCCUGACCGCUCCGGUGGCCGUCCUGACCGCUCCGGUGGCCGUCCUGACCGCUCCGGUGGCCGUCCUGACCGCUCCGGUGGCCGUCCUGACCGCUCCGGUGGCCGUCCUGACCGCUCCGGUGGCCGUCCUGACCGCUCCGGUGGCCGUCCUGACCGCUCCGGUGGCCGUCCUGACCGCUCCGGUGACCGUCCUGACCGCUCCGGUGGCCGUCCUGACCGCUCCGGUGGCCGUCCUGACCGCUCCGGUGGCCGUCCUGACCGCUCCGGUGGCCGUCCUGACCGCUCCGGUGGCCGUCCUGACCGCUCCGGUGGCCGUCCUGACCGCUCCGGUGACCGUCCUGACCGCUCCGGUGGCCGUCCUGACCGCUCCGGUGGCCGUCCUGACCGCUCCGGUGGCCGUCCUGACCGCUCCGGUGGCCGUCCUGACCGCUCCGGUGGCCGUCCUGACCGCUCCGGUGGCCGUCCUGACCGCUCCGGUGGCCGUCCUGACCGCUCCGGUGGCCGUCCUGACCGCUCCGGUGACCGUCCUGACCGCUCCGGUGGCCGUCCUGACCGCUCCGGUGGCCGUCCUGACCGCUCCGGUGGCCGUCCUGACCGCUCCGGUGGCCGUCCUGACCGCUCCGGUGGCCGUCCUGACCGCUCCGGUGGCCGUCCUGACCGCUCCGGUGGCCGUCCUGACCGCUCCGGUGGCCGUCCUGACCGCUCCGGUGGCCGUCCUGACCGCUCCGGUGGCCGUCCUGACCGCUCCGGUGGCCGUCCUGACCGCUCCGGUGGCCGUCCUGACCGCUCCGGUGACCGUCCUGACCGCUCCGGUGGCCGUCCUGACCGCUCCGGUGACCGUCCUGACCGCUCCGGUGGCCGUCCUGACCGCUCCGGUGACCGUCCUGACCGCUCCGGUGGCCGUCCUGACCGCUCCGGUGGCCGUCCUGACCGCUCCGGUGGCCGUCCUGACCGCUCCGGUGACCGUCCUGACCGCUCCGGUGGCCGUCCUGACCGCUCCGGUGGCCGUCCUGACCGCUCCGGUGACCGUCCUGACCGCUCCGGUGGCCGUCCUGACCGCUCCGGUGGCCGUCCUGACCGCUCCGGUGGCCGUCCUGACCGCUCCGGUGGCCGUCCUGACCGCUCCGGUGGCCGUCCUGACCGCUCCGGUGACCGUCUUGCUUCGGCGCGACUGCUGGCUUGCUCGCGACUGUACACUCCAGCAUCUCGCAUCAGCCACCAGCCGCCAGCCACCAGCCACCAGCCACCAGCCACCAGCCACCAGCCGCCAGCCACCAGCCAUCAGCCACCAGCCAUCAGUCACCAACUAUCAGCCAUCAGCCAUUAGUCACCAGCCACCAGCCACCAGUCACCAGCCACCAGUCACCAGCCACCAGCCACCAGCCACCAGCCAUCAGCCACCAGCCAUCAGCCACCAGUCACCAGCCACCAGUCACCAGCCACCAGCCACCAGCCACCAGCCACCAGCCAUCAGCCACCAGCCAUCAGUCACCAACUAUCAGCCAUCAGCCAUUAGUCACCAGCCACCAGCCACCAGUCACCAGCCACCAGUCACCAGCCACCAGCCACCAGCCACCAGCCACCAGCCAUCAGCCACCAGCCAUCAGCCACCAGUCACCAGCCACCAGCCACCAGCCACCAACCACCAGUCUCCAGCCACCAGCCACCAGCCACCAACCACCAGUCACCAGUCACCAGCCACCAGCCACCAGCCAUCAGCCACCAGUCACCAGCCACCAGCCACCAGCCACCAGCCAUCAGCCACCAGCCAUCAGCCACCAGUCACCAGCCACCAGCCACCAGUCACCAGCCACCAGUCACCAGCCACCAGCCACCAGCCACCAGCCAUCAGCCACCAGCCAUCAGCCACCAGUCACCAGCCACCAGCCACCAGCCACCAACCACCAGUCACCAGCCACCAGCCACCAGCCACCAGCCAUCAGCCACCAGCCAUCAGCCACCAGUCACCAGCCACCAGCCACCAGCCACCAACCACCAGUCACCAGUCACCAGCCACCAGCCAUAAGCCACCAGCCAUCAGCCUCCACUCCAGAUUCGGGAAGACAUUGGACCCGCCUGCCGCACACCUGCCUCUGGUCGGGGCCCCGGCUCCCGGCACCGGAAGUGGAGACCCGCGCGGCCGGCAAGAUGGCGAUGACAGUGGUUACCGCGCGGAGUCAGCGCUGGUAAUGACACGUGUGCUCAACACGCCCCGCCCCUUCCCUCUUACACUACUCGCUCUCUCCCGUCCCCGCUGCUCCCAUUUCCCGCUCGAGAACCAGCCGUCGGCCGACGAGCACGCGCGGGUGUCGGGGAAUGCCUUGUCGCAGCAGCAGCAGCAGCAGCUGUCCGGGAGCAACACGAGCCGCCCCGACCCCUCGACACGUGACCCGGGGAGCCGCGGCGGGACUGGUUCUCGCGCGCGUGCGAGGCAGCGCGUCACGUGCGUCGCGUCGUGUCGCGAGCCACCCGGCCUGCCACGUCGGGAGUGUGCUGUGCCCAUGGCCGGGUGGGAGGACUGCCAGUGUGCUCGCCACAUUCUCCGCCGGCGCUGUGUCUCCUGCCGGCUCAUCUGCAUGCCGUCCGCCGAGGCCCGAGGUCAGGGAUCAGACGACAUCUCCCCCGGGUGGACCGGAGCUGCGAGCAAACACGGUCACGUGGUUGGGGUGCAGUUGGCGAGGGAGGGGGUGUCCACAGACGGCCGCGCCGGGUACGAAGACUCGUUACUGCCGAGCCUGAUCGGCCUCUUGAUUGCGGGAGGCUUUGUUGGAGGGACCGUCUGGCUGGCUGAGCUGGAACACUGGAACACGGGUGGCAUGCCUCACGUGACACGGCGCCAGAGGCGCGCGGGGCCGCCAGCCAGCCGAUACCGUGGCCCGCUACGGCUGGCAGUUCGCGCUGGAGACGAGGAGAGGCCGACCACUGCCUGCCAGGAGGAGAGAAGGCCAACCACUACAGCGUACAAGGCCAGGGUGUUAACACACUACACCUGA